AUGGUCCACAGUAUCCCAGCAGACGAGGUGUGCGGUUGUCCUCUGGUGAAAGACGUCUUCGAGCCGACGGGGGAGUUCUGCCGUCUGUCCAAGAGGAAAUGCAACAAGCAUUACUGCUGGGAGAAGCUGCGCCGCGCCGAGGUCGACCUGGAGAGAGUCCGAGUGUGGUAUAAGCUGGACGAGCUGUUUGAGCAGGAGAGGAACUUGAGAACAGCGAUGACGAAUCGAGCCGGUUUAUUGGCUCUGAUGCUGCACCAGACCAUCCAGCACGACCCAAUCACAACGGACCUGCGCUCUGCCAAGGACAGGUAGACAGACAGACAGACAGACAGACAGACAGAGCUCUUCUGUUUUUAAUAUGUGUAGCUCGGUUGAUAUCAGUAUUAUCUCCUCAGUCUUCUUUAACGUUUCUAUACUAUUUUAAUCCUAAAGAACUACACUACCCAGAAUUCCCCCAGACGGAGACCUGCACCACUACAGUCCAACAGAAUCAAGUGCUCGGUAAUUUAUAAAACAACUCGGCAUUAUGAGGUAAAUACAGAGAAUAUGUGAUGUUUAUAUAAUGCAAUACAUGUCGAAUCCUUUCACAAUAAGAGCUCAUGGCAGGUUGUUCCAGACAGGAAGUGAUCUUCAUGACUAAAUGCAUCAUUACACCUCAUUAAUAUUAAUAACUAACUCAAAUGGGAUGCUAAACUCAACACAACACUACGAUUUCAUCAUCCAAAGGGACAUGUAGAGUUUUGAGACGUGCUUUUAUUUCAAAACUAAAAUAUUUGUUACUGUUUUCUUUGUCUCAUAUCGUGUCUCACUCGAGGCCCGCGGGCCAAAUCCGGCCGCUCGCAGGUUUAAAUACGGCCCGCCUAGUUUUUGUUGUUUUUUACAACGUUUUGACGCUUUUUUGGAG